CUCUAUGUGGCCACGGAAGCCAUCCUCAUCGCGUUGGUGGGUGCAACUCCUCCCUACCAGUGGGAUCUCCAAGGGCUCUCAGCUAAUCAGAGCCAUAGCAACCAUUCAGUGAGUGAGCAGAGAGUUUUUGGGGAAUGGCUUCUGACUGCCAAUGGCAGUGAGGUGCAUAAGCACAUACACUUCGGUAGCAGCUUCACAUCAAUAGUCUCUGAGUGGUUUUUAAUUGGCAAUACAUCAUACAAAGUCAGUGCUGCCAGUUCUUUCUACUUCAGUGGGGUAUUUGUUGGAGCAAUCUCCUUUGGCCAGCUCUCGGAUCGCUUUGGGAGGAAGAAAGUCUAUCUCACAGGUUUUGCUCUUGAUAUCUUGUUUGCCAUUGCAAAUGGAUUCUCACCCUCAUAUGAAUUCUUUGCCAUCUCUCGAUUCUUGGUAGGGAUGAUGAAUGGUGGGAUGUCACUGGUAGCCUUUGUUCUACUGAAUGAGUGUGUGGGUACUGCCUACUGGGCAUUAGCAGGUUCUAUUGGUGGCUUGUUCUUUGCUGUGGGAAUUGCCCAGUAUGCCUUAUUAGGGUACUUCAUUCGUUCCUGGAGGACUCUGGCUGUUGUGGUUAACCUGGAAGGAACAGUCGUUUUUCUUCUCUCUCUAUUCAUUCCUGAGUCCCCGCGCUGGCUCUAUUCCCAAGGCCGUCUGAAUGAGGCAGAAGAUGCUCUCUACCUCAUUGCAAAGAGGAACCGCAAGCAGAAGUGCACUUUUUCACUAAAACUCCCAGCAGAGAGGAGCUCCAGAGAAGCUGGCAGCUUUUUGGAUCUGUUCCGAUACAAGAUUCUCUUGGGACGCACCUUGAUCAUGAUGUUUACCUGGUUUGUGUGCAGCUUGGUUUACUAUGGUCUUACCCUUAAUGUGGGUGACUUAGGUGGAAGUAUCUAUGCCAAUUUAGCCCUUUCAGGCUUGAUAGAAAUCCCAGCAUACCCAAUCUGUAUUUACUUGAUUAACCAAAAAUGGUUUGGUCGGAAGCGAACACUGAGUGCAUUUCUGUUCUUGGGAGGAUUGGCUUGUCUUAUUGUCAUGUUUCUUCCUAACAGGAAAGAUACUGGAGUGUUUGCAGUGGUGAAUAGUCGCUCUCUGUCUUUGCUGGGGAAACUGACAAUCAGUGCUGCAUUUAACAUUGUCUACAUCUACACAUCAGAACUUUAUCCCACAGUGAUCAGGAAUGUUGGAAUGGGUGCCUGCUCCAUGUUUUCCCGCGUUGGUGGAAUCAUUGCACCUUUUGUCCCUUCAUUGAAAUCUGUGCAGUGGUCUCUGCCUUACAUUGUGUUUGGAGCAACUGGUCUGUUGUCUGGGUUCUUAAGCUUAUUAUUGCCAGAGACCUUAAACAGCCCUUUGCUAGAAACUAUUUCGGACCUGCAGGUAUGCUCAUACUGGAGGCUGGGUGAUGAAGCCAUGUCUUUGCAAGCCCUAGAUGGCUCACAGUCUGGAGACAAAGACAGUUCUACAGGGAGUGGAAGUGAAGAUGAGGAGUUUUAUGAUGCUGAUGAAGAGACUCAUAUGAUCAAGUAAUGA